GUCACAUCUCUGCGACAGCUUUCAGACUGUGUACACUAUGUAGCCACAAAAGAUUCUCAACACUAGACUUUACGUUUUUUAUGGUACAUUUUUCAUUCUUUUUGUGAGUUAUAAACCAUCGGCACAAAGGUGAGAAACGACCUCGCUUAUUCAGACAACACUGAAUAGUUUUGAUAGUUACAGAGAGCACGGUUUUGGACAGUCAGCAUUCAUUUGCCAAUUACAAGCUCUGGCUACGGACGCUAGCUAGCAGUUAGCUUAGCUAAUUUAUGCCGGAUGCCCAUCCAUUGCGGAUGUGGUGCAGAAUAAAGGAGUACUGAUGCGACAGAUAAAAUUCAGGCCGUGGUUCAGUUCUCCUCUUUGGGUAAAUUUGUGUUGCUUAUUGGUUUGGAUUUGUUUUAAUAUAUUCGGUUUUAUCAGCUCAGAUUUUACCCCUUGUUUUCAGAUCCGACUUCCAUGAGAUGAGCUCGAUUGCUCGAUACUGGCGCUGCCUCCUGCUGCAUAACACCGUUUUUAUAUCAAUUACUUUUAUAUGUCAAUUUUUAAACCUAACUUUUUUUUUUGCUUUUUUAACAUGUAAAGGUGUAUAUUCAUUUUUCUUAGUAGUUCUGUGACAGGGUCAUGUGCAUCCCCAGCCACUGAUGUUGACAGACAGUCUGUGUCAUGAAAUAGUUUCCCCUUCAUCUGCACACUCAUAGUUUCAUUCUAGUCACCUAAGGUAUCACCGUGGAGCUGGUCUAUGACUUUAAUUGCUGUAAAUCAUGCAAUGUGCAUCCUCAGUGAACACUAGUCAUGGCUGAGAGUGAUGCCACUUUUCUGAAUGGCGCUGCGUUGGCUGUGACCCAUGAGUGAAUAUUAUGAGGAGGGCGGGUUGCUGUAUGAGCGCUCGCCUCCCAUGCACAUCAAAGUGGAGUCACCUGAAGGUGCCUUCGGAGGUCGUGUCUCGGAGGACGGCUUCCCCCGUGAAGACGACGACUCUGAAGGUAGCUGUGAUCACGCUGGCCUGCCUUUCAACGUCGUGGUCGUGCAUCCCAACAUUGUUGCUCCUGGAGUGGCUUCUGAUGAACUGAUACCUAUUCAACAAAACAGAGGUGUUUCAGCAGCACUGGCUUCAGGGGGUGCAGGUAAAAGGAAGAGUAGGUUUAGCGGUGCUGAAUUGGAGGUGCUGGUCUCAGAAGUAACCCGGUGUGAAGGGGAAUUGUUCGGCCCGGCUGGAAGACUCAGGCGGCGUGAGAGAGAGCGAAUAUGGGCUGGUAUCUUGGAGCGUGUGAAUGCUGUAUCCCGAGUCCCACGCACCCUUCGGGAAGUAAAGAAACGUUGGGACGACCUGAAGAGACGCAACGGUGGAAAGCUGGCAGAUGCGAGGUUCCGCUCAUGGCUUCCAUCCAGUAGAGGGAGUGCAGUUUUGGGAGGGCCUAGCCAGUUGAGCCCCAGGUUUCACCAAGCCCGACAAAAAAUGAGUACAAGGGGAAAGGCCAGUUUCGCCUGUUUGUCUGACACUGAUCCAGUUACAGGAGGGGAUGGUUCUGAAAGAGAUGGCUUUGAAAAGGAGGAUGAGUCUCAUGAGCAGGAAGGUGAGGAAGGAACCAAUUAUGAAGGUGUAGAUAACAGCAUGGAAGACAAACUGGGAUUAGGCCUUGGGUUAGGAAUAGUUCCAGCCCCAACAUCUGAGCGCUGGCUUCCUCCUUCACCGCUCUAUAGUGCCCCCUUCCUGAAUGGUACUCCUCAGCCAAGUCCAGAACCAUCCCUUGGAGCUCAUCAGGGCCCCAUUGAGCCUCCUCCUUCACGCACUUCCUGGCUAGAGGAUGAACUUCGGGGACUUGGAGAAGCAGCUGUGCAGCUUGGAGAUCGCCUUGAGCAGAACUUAAGGGAGUUUGGCGAAGGUUUCAGGCACGACAUGCGGACACUCGUGGCCUCACAAGAGGCUCUGACAAUCAGCUUACAGCAAAAUAAUGUGCUCUUGCAGAGACUUUUGGGCCUUCUUGAAAUGCAGCAGCAGCAAACACAGCCUCCGCAGCACCAAAUUCCACAUCAUCAGCUUCCACAUCGAUUAUCUCAAGAACAUUUGCAGCAUCGACAACAAGAAGAUCUGCCACAGCAGAUUUUAUCCCAGGAGCUUGAACAACAAAUUCCUCAAAAUGCAAAUGAACAAAUAUCAACAGCUGCUACUUCUGUACCACUACCCCCGGAUAUUUUAGAUGGCACUUCCCAGCCUGAAUCAGCAACCGAAACGAAUGUCCAGAGGCCAUGUCGGGGUAGACCAGGAGACCACAGGCGGAAGCGUAGGCAUUAGAUAUGUAAAUGUAUAUGUCCUCAAAUACUGUUUAUUUCUACAAAGGUUUUAUAUUAAGAUGUGCAGUUGAGUUAGAACAGAUUAUGCCAUGUAAAACUACAUUUUGCCUGUUGCAAAAAAAUACUAUUAAGUUAUAUACGUAAAAAGAUUAUGAAAUUGAAUUGAAUGGGUUAUUCUGUGUUAAAUGGCUGUGGAAUUUAAUAGAAUUAGUUUACACGACACAGCAUGGGAUACUGGUUUACUAGAAGAAAAUUCCAUUUGGGUGACAGGUAUGAAGUUGCCUAGGAAUUAAAGCUGUUUCCAUAUAAAAAUCUGCAUGAUGGAAAAUAAAUUCCCAACCCUGGUCCUGGACUGCCCCUGUUUCGCAUUUUCACAUUUUAUUGUUUUUCUGCUUAGUAAUCAGCUAAUGCACACCUCUUCCUGAGUGGUGCGUAAAGAGCAGAGCAAACACUGACUGUGCUCCAGGGCCAGGUUUACCAACUUGUGUGCUGGAAGAUUCAUCUAUUUACCAGAAAUAUAUCAUUACAGAACUGACACUCAAAGUCUGAUUAGUUUUUUGAGGUUCUGUAUUUUUACAGGAUGGUCUACAGUUACACACACUCACCCUCAUUUCAUUAGAAACACCUAAACAUUCAUGCAGUUAUCUAAUCCCCCUACUAUGUGGCAGCAUUACAACACGUACAACUAGGUAGAUACAGGUCAACAGCUUCAGUUAAGGUUUACACCAGACAUCAGAAUGGGGAAAAGUGUGAUGUGUGUGAGUUUACUGUGGAGUAGGUGUUUGUACCAGAGAUGGACUAGUUUGAGUAUUUCAAAAAAUGCUGUUCGCCUGGAAUUUUCACACACAACGGUUUCUAAAGGUCACAGAGAAUGGUGCGAGGAGAAAAAAAUAAAAGUAUCCUGUAAGUGAAAGGUCAGCAGGCUGACACAUCUUGUUGAUGAGAGAUCAGAGGAGAAUGGCCAGAGAGGUUUGAACUGACAGGACAUUUAUAGUAACUCAAAUAAGCACUCUUUACGUCCGUGGUGAUUAGAAGUAUCUCGGAACACAAAAUGCAUCAAAUUUUGAGGUGGAUGAGCCAGAAAAACAGAAGAACAUGCCAAGUUUCAUUCCUGUCAGCCAAGAAUACACAUCUGAGACUAUCAUAGGAAUACACUCGCCUAAAAUGGGCAGUUGAAAUCUGGAAAAAGAGCUCUUUUUUCCAUCUAAUCUUUAGCUGGGUGAGCCUGUACCAAUGAUAGCCUUACAGUUUGGCUGAUGGGAGAAGAAGCUGAUAUGAUCUUCUGCUGUUGUAGCUCACCCACCUCAAGAUUAGAUGGUUUGUAGAUGAUUCGAUGGUUUUUCUAUUCAGCACAGUUUUAAAGAUUUAUUAUUUGAGUUACUAAAUCCUUCCUGGCAGCUCUAACCACUCUGGGUAAUUUUCUCUGACCUCCCUCAUGUACAAGGUAUUUCCACCCACGGAGCUUUUGCUCAGUCAAUGCUUUUUUCGCACCAUUCUGUGUAAACUCUACAGAAUGUUGUGUGUGAACAUCCAAGGAGAUCAGCAGGAGAUCUGAUACCAGCAACCCUGUGUGAGCAAAGUCACAGAGAUCACACUUUUUCAUAUGUGAUUUGUACAUCCACUGAAGCUCUUGAUCUCUGUCUGCAUGGAUUUUCUGCAUUGUGAUGCUGCCACAUGAUUGGCUGAUCAGAUUAAGAUAUUAUAAAGGUCUUUAGUGUAAAUGUCUCCUUGCAGAUUUUGUCACCUCCUUCUGCUUGUUGCUGGUGGGCAUUUGUGUUGCCUCUGUGAGGCUAUUUAUAGCUAAUGUUGGUGUAUUCAGGUAUAGCAAGGAGCAACAUAUUUCUUUGGAGAAACACAAUUUGAAAUAACUCUCUUAGUGGAGUAUUAUUAAAUAUUAUAUCAAGCCAAGAGUGUAAAUUGCAGACUCUUUACUUAGUCUUAAUGUAGGUUAGCUCCUGACAUAAAAAAUGGGAAGAAUGGGGAAGAAUAUCUGCAUUAACUGUAAAACUGACUGUAAAUCUAGGGGGUAGUUUGGUUUGACCUACAAAACCCAGCAUUACAAAAAGAUUGAAAAAUGAAGUACAUUGAUGUUUAGAUGGCAAUUAGAGGUUGUUUAGUUUGGAUUUGUUGCUGGUUAUUUUGAACUUUUCCUAAUUUGCCUUAAAGCCAUUGCAGUAUGUGAAUUUGCUUUCAGCUUGUUUCAAAUUUUGGAGAACAGGUGAAUGUAUAAUGAAACAUAUUGUAUAUAAAACAUUAUGGAUUGUAUGUUGCCUCUUGGGAUUUUGAAGCAUUUGCUAUGCUGUAAGUAAUAAGUAGUAAUAGAACCAGGAUAGUGAGAAGAAGUAGUGCAGUUGGGAUGGCAGAAAAAAAACAUGGGAGCAUUUAUAGUUUUGCAUUACAAAUUUAUAGAGCCACACAGUCUUUAAUAGAAUAAAGAAGGCAUGUCAGAUCUUAUCCACAAAAGGCUGGUGUUGAUGCCGAAUUCAUUCCUGUCACGCAGAAGACACAUCUGAUUCCACCUGUUUAAUUAGUUGAUCUCGGCUUUCAAAAGACUAUGAGGUGUGGCUACUGCUUGAUGGUAAUGAAUCCUUUCUGGAUAAGAUUGGACACCCCUGGUUUAAAGUGAACCCUACAGAGGUCAAUAUUUUCAUGUCUCAGUCCUGCAGUCUAUCACAUCACUAUAUUUUUUUCAUGUAACAUUGAACAUUGUACUUGGUAUACUAAAGGGCCUGUAAAUCAUUAUAAGUCAGCAUCCUUUGUUUUUAAAAUUUUUGGAUGUGCUUGAAGGGUUUAUUGCUUCUUGUUUUGUCCAAAUUUAAAUAACUAGAUGGCCACCCUAGAAGAUUCUUUCCAUCAGAGUAACAUUUUCACAAAUAUUCAGAAUGGGGACAGUUGUAGUCACUUCAUAUCCCUAUAUAAUGUGAUUAUGAGAUUCAUACCCAAACCUCUUUUCUGCAGGUUAUUUGACAUGGAAUAACCCUGAUGCUGUUAUCUUCACUGACAUAUUCUAAACAUAUUCGUUGUUAGCACAUUAGUUAAUUUCAUUCAGAACGUCCUGCCUUUAUUCAUUCAACCUUGUGUUUACAACAAUCGACACGUUAAACUUUUAAUGUUUAUAUUUGGGUAAACCCAGUAAGUAACUUUUUUUUUUUCUUCCAGAGACAAGAUGUGAACAUCUGGUGUUGAAGGAUAUUUGUACUGUUUGACGAUCAAUGCUCUAUAAAGAGUUCACCAUUAGGUUUAAAGGAAAUAUUUUAAAUGAAAUGAAUAACCACUUCAUGCUCUACUAUAUUCUCUGCAUGCAGUGCAAUGUAGAUUCAAUAGAUUGGUGAAUAUAUUUUGUAUAUUUAUAGCCCCGUCAUGUAAAUAAGAAAGAACUUUACCAACAAGACAUGUCUUGAUAUAAACAUGGAUUGAAGGGGAUUGUCCCUUACAGCAAUAUACUGUAUUUUAAACAUUGGAAUAAUGUUUAAGAGGAACAUAUAUAUUAAAAGACACUGUUAUCUACUAUAUUAAAUACCUUACAAGUCA